UCCGCCGCUCCGCUCACUUUAAUCCCACUGUUGAUAAGAACAACCGACGGAGAUGAAGGCGAGCCGAGGAGGCUUUCUCCAGCGAUGCUUUUCAUAACAGGCAGUUCAGCAGCAUCUAGACAAUGAGCAGUGAGUGGGUGGAGCCAUGAGCCAUAGGGAGGAGCCAGAGGAGGCAGGCCUCAGAGGACCUCCCCCUCAUCGCAGCAAGCAGCCCAAUGGGACUCCUUUAGAGGGGGGCCGUCCCAGAUGGAGGCCAUGCCAGCUUCACAAUCCCGAUGCAGAAAGCCAAGGCCAGCACCAUCAUCACUAUCAUCACCAAGCCCACCAGCAUGCUUCUGGAUCUAGCCGAGCUCCACCACGUCAUCGCAGGCGGCAUGUUCCUGGUCAAGCACAACGCAGGCGGGCUGAGAGUGGAGAUUCAGAAGCUAGAGCUGGUCAGCAGCCCAAACCGGGGGCGUCAAAACACCACCGAAGUGGAGAGAGACUCCAUCAGCACAGAUACAGACAACAGCACAAAGAUGAAGAACAACUCGUCAAAACUCCUCCAAAAGAGCAAGCUUCAGAACCAUUAUUAUCUCCAGAUGAUUCUUCUCAAGACUUGCUGACCCCUUCUCCUCAGGAUGAGCCAGCCACUGAUAGACUGGAUGGGAGCAGUCCAGAUUUGUCCCAUUCCUCUGAUACACAUGUUGAUUAUGAUCCAGAACCAGAACAACCAGAAUCUUCAGUGGAUCAGCUGGAGGAGAAGGUUAACUGUGAAGAAUCCAAGAAUGCCCAUGAAGAGGAAUUACUAAAUGAGAAUGAAGUUAAGGACUAUUCCACACAGACUCCCGAGGAAGAUUAUGUUCCACCUAAGAUUGCUUCAAAAAGUCGACCUGAAAGUAAAAGAACCAGUCCUCUACGAGUAGAUGUCCCACCAUUUGCCGCAUCUACUCACCAGAUGAUCAACAAACCUUUUUUUCAGUCUCCACCAAGCUUCCCCGAGAGUCUUCGAAGGUACAAUUCUGAUCCGAAGUCAUACCCUACUUAUUUUAACAACAGUUAUGCUUGUACAAGAAAGGAUAAAGACUUUGAUAGUCCUAGAUCCCAUGAUGAAGGUGACCUCUUAGACUCCAGUCCUGAAGCCUACACAGAUUCUUAUCCAGAGUCUCACACUAUAGACACAGAAACAGACCUUAACCCAGCCCUUGAAGAACCUCAAACAUAUGAAAUGAACUACAGCAUGACUAUGGAUGAAAGCGAUGACCAGCAGGAUCCAGAGGAAGAGCCUGAUCCGCAUAGCGCAGUGGGCUCCAGGCUCCACCACUACGAUGAGCAGUCAGGAGAUGAAGCUGAAAGUUUCGGGAGAAGCAGAGCCCAGCUCAGGAAGACCUCAAGCUCAACUAGCCUUUCAUUAGAGGUUCAUCUCCUAGAGGAGACUUCAGAAAUUACUCAAAAUUCAACUCAUUUGCCGGAAGAAGUCGAGGAAGUACCUGAACAGUCAUCCACUCCCAUGUCAGAUCAAAUUACUGAGUCUUGCAGAGCUACGGGUGAUGCCGUCUCUUUGGCCAUUAGGGAUAUUAAGGAAGCCAUAGAGGAGGUGAAGACCAAGACUGUGCGUUCGCCCUACAUGCCUGAUAAGAUCACAGAGCCAGUGUGGGUGAUGAGACAAGACGUGAGCCCUGUUGAGGAGAGCCAUCCUCAGAUUCAUUCAUACCCACAGUCUCCAUGUCAGCUAUCGCAGUCUUCUCCACAGUAUGCGGCUCCAUUUCAAGAUCCUGAACUUCCUUUAGGAGCAGAAUCCUCUGGAGUCCUUCAUCAAGACCAGGAUCAGGACCUCUGUCCCAAUGUGCCAAGUGAAGAACAAAGGAAAAGUUUGGCCUCUUUCCCCACAUAUGUGGAUGUUCCUGGCCCUUGUGAUCCUGAGGAUUUGAUCGAUGGCAUCAUUUUUGCCGCAAACUACCUGGGUUCCACCCAACUGCUGUCAGAGAGAACGCCCACAAAGAGCGCCCGCAUGCAGCAAGCCCAGGAGGCCAUGAGCCGCGUCCGGCAGGGCACUGAGAGUGGGCCGCCAUCCAGCACAGAAGUGGACCUCUUCAUUUCAACACAGAGGAUCAAAGUGCUCAGCGCUUACACACAGGACACCAUGAUGGACCAUCCGCUGAGGACCAUCUCGUACAUCGCAGACAUCGGGAACAUGGUUGUGCUGAUGGCUCGCAGAAAGAUGAUCCGCUCUCAAAGCGCACAGGAAAACUUGGACACCGCCGAGACACAACACACAAACCCGGCUCGAGACGACCGGCGCCAGUACAAGAUGAUCUGCCAUGUCUUCGAGUCAGAAGAUGUUCAGCUGAUCGCUCAGUCCAUCGGCCAGGCCUUCAGUGUGGCAUAUCAGGAGUUUCUGAGGGCCAAUGGCAUCGAUCCAGAAGACCUGAGCCAGAGAGAGUACAGUGACCUGCUCAACACUCAGGACAUGUACAAUGACGACCUCAUUCACUUCUCCAAGUCUGAAAACUGCAGAGAUGUGUACAUCGAGAAGCAGAAGGGGGAGAUUCUGGGUGUGGUGAUUGUGGAGUCUGGCUGGGGCUCCAUCCUGCCCACCGUUAUCAUCGCCAGCCUAAUGCAUGGUGGACCCGCAGCCAAAUCCGGAAGACUUAACAUCGGAGAUCAAAUCAUGACCGUCAACGGCACCAGUCUGGUCGGACUGCCGCUCUCCACCUGCCAGAGCAUCAUUAAAGGUCUCAAGUCUCAAUCCAGGAUAAAGAUGAACAUCGUCAGGUGUCCUCCUGUGACCAUGGUGCUCAUUCGCAGACCCGACCUCCGCUAUCAGCUGGGCUUCAGUGUUCAGAAUGGCAUUAUCUGCAGCCUCAUGCGAGGAGGGAUUGCGGAGAGAGGAGGCGUUCGCGUCGGUCAUCGGAUCAUCGAGAUCAAUGGUCAGAGUGUCGUGGCCACACCGCACGAGAAGAUCGUCCACAUCCUGUCAAAUGCUGUCGGAGAGAUCCAUAUGAAGACGAUGCCGGCAGCCAUGUACCGCCUGCUCACAGCCCAGGAACAGCCUGUCUACAUCUGAACCGUCUACCUGAUCCAGAGUUGUUAUUAUUUAUUGAGAUAUUAAUAUAACUGUUUACAUAUUUAUUUAACUGGAUGUACGUAUUUAUUAUUCCAUUAUUAGUGCAUAAAGCAAAUCCAUUCCAGCCACAUGUGACCUGCCUUAAUCUCUAUGGGUCUGCGAUGAUCUCAUCAUUUCACCGGCAUCAGUUCAACGCAUUCAGACGUACCAAAGAGACACGAAUGAUGACAUAGACCUACAUUACCAGAGAUCAACGGCAUUGACAUUAGUGUAACUGAUAACAUGUGCAUCUGCUGUCAUAAUUCAAAGUAAAGGAAUCAAUGA